GACGUUUUCGGUAGUUUUUUCUGCGCAAUUUAUUGCGCAUCCAAGGAAGAUAAUCACGGCUAGUUACUCUUCAAAAGAAGGGAAGUGGAACGAUAUUCGGAUAACCGUUUCCAAUUUUUGAAUGAUGAAUAAACUAUACCGAAUCAAAGGAACUUUUGCUAAAAGGUCCAACAUAGAACGUGCUAGACGGAUAACGGAAUCGUUACGGCAAUACCGGACACAUCAGGGACAGGUAUAUGAUAAGCCUGAGUUAAACGACACUGAUUCCGAUUCAUUAGCCGUUACCCCACCCACUAGUACAAGUAGCGAUUGUUUUGUCAAGCAGACAGAUGUUGUUAAAAUAGACCCAGUCGACACUUCUGGUCGACGCAUUGUUGAAUUGACGCAUUUAGCCAAGCAACUUUAUUGUGUAGACUGCGGAAAGUCUAUUCUUCUAGAAAAUGUAGUUAACGAGACAAGAUAUGGCUUUGGGUCAUUGCUAAUGAUUGAAUGCGAGUGUGGAUCAUGUAGAGAAGUAACAACUGGCAAGACGCAUCGUACUGGAAAACGGGGACCAGCUGUAUUUGAUGUAAAUACUAAAGCGGCCCUUGGAAUGAUGCACAGUGGUUCAGGUCAUACACAAGUAGAAAAUUUUAUGUCAGCUCUGGAAAUUGAAGGCCUCCAUCACACAUCAAUGAAGAAACGGGAACUUGAAGUUGAACCUCAUAUUGAAAAUGUUUGUCGUAGGUCUUGUUCUGAUGCUAUACAUGAAGAAAUAGAACUUCAGAAAGAAAAUGACAGCCCUGGAGAAUGUGAUGUUGCCACUCCAGUGAUGGGUCAAUUUAAGUAUGAUAUGGGAUGGCAAAAGCGUGGAGCCGGUCGUGCAUACGACAGUAAAUCUGGUGUCGGGACAAUGAUAGGAAAUUUAUCUGGAAAAGUAUGUGGGUUUGGUGUUCGGUCCAAAGACUGCAGAAAAUGUACUUACCAUAUAAACAAAGGGCAGUUUCCACCUGACCACAAGUGUAGCAAAAAUUGGGAUGGGUCUUCAAAAUCUAUGGAACCAGAUGUUGCUGCCCAAGUUGUAAUGAACAUUGAACAAAAUAAAAACGUACAAGUGGGUGUAUUGAUAAUGGAUGAUGACACAACAACUGCUAGUAAGCUUCGAGAAACGCUUAACCAUUCAUUUGUCAAGUGGAGUGAUAUGAAUCACACAAGAAAGCAUCUUGGCAACAGCCUUUAUGCGUUGCAAAAAAAACACAAGUGCCUAACAACAAAAGUAAUUCAAUAUAUUCAAAAAUGUUUCAGCUAUGCAGUAGCCCAGAAUAAAAACAAUUCGGAGGGGCUUGCAAAAGCAUUGAAUCAAAUUGUUCCACAUGCUUUCGGAUUACAUGAAAAUUGCAAUGAUACUUGGUGUGGUUACAUUAAUGAUCCAGAGAAAUACAAACACAGUUCUUUGCCCUAUGGUCGAGACUUAGUCGGUGAGGAGCUCCGUACAGAUUUAAGCUCAAUUUUUGAAAGUUUCAUAAAAAAUGUUGAUAAAAUAUCACCAGCAGCAUCAACAAAAGAUGUAGAGUCUUUCAACAAUAUGAUAGCAUCAAAAGCACCAAAACGUUGCCAUUAUUCUUCAACAAGUAGCUUACAGAACAGAGUUAAUUGUGUUGUUGCAGAAAAAAAAUUAGGCUCAACAUAUGUUUCCCAGGUGAACAAAUCAAUUGGUAUAUCUCCAGGAAAAUUCUAUUCAAAACAUGCUGAACGAAAGGAUAAUAAACGAAAAAGUCGUUUAGAAUUUGAAAAUACGCUUACUUUUAAAAAAAGAAAAAUUGAAAAAAAAAUGAACAAAAGUAAACAAAACGCACAAAACGAGUUAAGAGAAGGUCUACAGAGCAAAAAAAAAAUAGAAACCAACACUGACUGUUCACAUGUUUAUUGUGAUAUUGAGACAACAAGUCUUUAUAAAUCAUGUGAUAUAACACAAAUAGCCGCUGUGUCAGGGAAAGACAACUUCAACCAGUAUAUUCUUCCAACUCAACCCAUAACUCUUGGAGCAACACAGGUGACUGGAUUGACAGUGGUAAAUAAUAUGCUGUGCUACAAAGGAAAGCCAGUACAUGCAGUGUCUCUAAGAACAGCCUUGGAACAGUUUUUACUUUGGUUAGAAAAAAGAAAUCCAUGUGUAUUGAUAGGUCAUAAUUUUAGAAUUUUUGACUUCCCAAGGCUAGUAAGGUCAUUUGAACUAUGUAAUUUAUUAACCUCUUUUCAAAACUGUGUAAUAGGUUUUGUGGAUACUCUGCCUUUGUGUAAAGAACAAUUUCCAGGUUUAGAUAAAUAUAGUCAAGAAUAUCUUGUAAAGAAUUUAAUGAAUGCUCAAUAUUCUGCUCAUAAUGCCCUUGAAGAUGUGUGUAGUUUACAGAAACUUAUCAUAUAUACUGAAAUACCCUUUGACCAGAUGUGUUGUCAUAGUAUAACAAUGGAUGCAGCAAUAGACACAUACAUAUUUGAAAAGAAAGCUGAUGUAAACUUGGUAUCUCUAAGUAAUAUGCAACAGGAAAAAAUUGUAAGUAAACAAAUGGCAAUGAAAAUAGCCAAAAGUGGUUUGUCGUUAGCACAUCUGAGACUGGCAGUAAAUCGUGGAGGUCGCGAUGGUUUAUACAAAUUAUUUACGGAGAAAGUAAAUGGAAAAGUGAGGGUUACCUCUGCCAAGAGAAUAAUAGACAGAGUGUUCAGUUAUGUAUGUCCGACUUCUGAUUUGAACUUAUAAACAUCUCAAAUCUAUGUGUACAUUGAUAUGUGUAACUCCUUAAUGCAAAAUAUACAUGUGGUUACAAUAAAAUAAACAGUUGAACAAAGUUAGUAUCAACAUAACUGCAAUUGUCUAGAAAUAUGUACUAAACUAAACAUGAUUAUUUCAAGCAGUGUUCUUGAAAAAUUUCUUUUUUUUUAAUUUGCUACUUUUUGUAUAAUUAGUGGAAUGAUUACUAUGGAAACUAGAAAAAUGCAUGUCUGUUACUAAAGAGUUUAAUAGUAUUUUAUUUUGAAUAAUGCAUUUAAAGAAUAACCAUAAGAACAUAGUAACUAUAUGAAUUUAUGAAAGCAAUAUUUUGUUCAAGUAUUUUCAUUGUUUGUGGAAUACUUACUUUUGAAAUGAUUUUAUUGUCGAGAUACUUUGAAAAGAAAUAAAUAUGGUAGACUUGUUUAAAAAAUAAUGUUCAGAUUCACUUCAUAUAACAUCAAAAGAAAAGGUCAUUUGUAAUAAGUUUGUAUAAUUAUAUAUAACAAUGCAUUUGGUACAAUUUAUUGUUUUAAAGAAAGCAUGCUUAUUUUGACAUAAUUGGUAUUUGCCGUUACCAUGGAAACUGCCAAUUUAUAAAAAAUCUAACACGUCAACAUAUAUUUUUAUUUUUAUUUUUGAAUUCACCAUUGAAUUUCACAUAAUAUAUUAAAAAAAUAGAAAAUUUCAUGAAAGAAAUUUCUUGAUAUCUUUAUUUAUUUACAGGAUUCAUGUUCAGUUUUCUAAUUUUUUUUGUUUAGUGAAGAAAUAUGAAAAACUUAUUUUGUAGAGAAAUAGAUAUGUUCUGAAUCAAUACAGCAUCAAAAUAUAAAGAUAUUUAUGUAUGAAGUCCUGUUUGUUGUUGAUAUUAUGUUGCCAUGUACUUUUUUAUUGAUUUUAUAAGGAAAAUGUGGCAAUUUUGAAAUUUUGGAGAUAUUGGGUUACCAUGGAAACUGCCAUUUGGCCGAAAAACCAACUCGCCGACAUAUAUUUUUUUUUUCAUUUUUGAAUUCACCAUUAAAUUUUACAUAACAUAUUAAAGAUAUAGAAAAUUCUAUGAAAGGAUUUUUUUUAUAUCUUUAUUUUUUUACAGAAUUCAUAGUGAUUUUUCAAAUUUUUUGUCAAGUUGAGAAAUAUGAAAAACUUAUUUUGUAGAGAAAUAGAUAUGUUCUGAAUCAAUACAGCAUCAAAAUAUAAAGAUAUUUAUGUAUGAAGUCCUGUUUGUUGUUGAUAUUAUGUUGCCAUGUACUUUUUUAUUGAUUUUAUAAGGAAAAUGUGGCAAUUUUGAAAUUUUGGAGAUAUUGGGUUACCAUGGAAACUGCCAUUUGGCCGAAAAACCAACUCGCCGACAUAUAUUUUUUUUUUCAUUUUUGAGUUCACCAUUGAAUUUUACAUAACAUAUUAAAGAUAUAGAAAAUUCUAUGAAAGGGUUUUUUUUUAUAUUUUUAUUUUUUUACAGAAUUCACAGUGAUUUUUCUAAUUUUUUGUCAAGUUGAGAAAUAUGAAAAACUUAUUUUGUAGAGAAAUAGAUAUGUUCUGAAUCAAUACAGCAUCAAAAUAUAAAGAUAUUUAUGUAUGAAGUCCUGUUUGUUGUUGAUAUUUUGUUGCCAUGUACUUUUUUAUUGAUUUAUAAGGAAAAUGUGGCAAUUUUGAAAUUUUGGAGAUAUUGGGUUACCAUGGAAACUGCCAUUUGGCCGAAAAACCAACUCGCCGACAUAUAUUUUUUUUUCAUUUUUGAAUUCACCAUUGAAUUUUACAUAACAUAUGAAAGAUAUAGAAAAUUCUAUGAAAGGGUUUUUUUUAUAUCUUUAUUUUUUUACAGAAUUCAUAGUGAUUUUUCUAAUUUUUUGUCAAGUUGAGAAAUAUGAAAAAGUCAUUUUGUAAAGAAAUAUGUUCAAGUCAUUGUUUACUUCAUAUAGAAUUAAAUGAUAAAGUUAUAUAUGUACAAAAUAAUGUUUGU